AAAUUUCAAACUUCCGAAUAUACAAUCGCGAUAGUACUCGUAGAAACGAUUCGGCAAUUAAAUCCAGCAGGUAUUUAAAUGUAAUAAAGGAUAUAAAGGGUAAAAAACGUUUAAAAUUGUAGUGAUUCGGAAUCGGACGAUGAGAGAGGAAAAAAUGACAAAGGUAAUGAAAAAAAGGAAUCUGAAAACUAAAAAGAUAAUGGUAAACAUAUGUAAAGAAUUGAAAGUUAAUGAGAAUCAAAGGAUAUGUAACGAAAACGAACAAUUGAAUAUACGCGAUGAAAGUAAUCAUCGUGAAGAUGAGAAUGCCGAUAUCGAAAAUAAGGGUUUAUCUUGGCAUAACAGGACAAAUAUGAGGGAUGCAGUUAUAACAUCGAGUCCAUUGAAUGCUUCCUUAUGCAUUAAAUCGCAUAAUUUCAAUUUCACGUCGGUGAAUGAUCCAAUGAGUGAAUCCGAGUUUGAGAGGUCGUCAUCCGAGUCUAGCAGUUACAUUACAGCGGAAAAAGGAAAGACGAGACAUAUUAUUCCAGAAACGGAUGUGGAGUCAGAAGAUCUUAACAUACCUGAGCAUCAGCCGAGCUUUGAAUACGAAGAAUGUUUAGGAUGCUCGGUGCAGAACACGUCGACGAAAAAUGGCAUCGAACAGAUAAACGAAGAAAUAAUUCUCAAGAAAGAUUCAGUUGAUAAGUCGUUGGAAUUUGACAGUUCAAUAAGUGUUAUUAUAACUCCGAAAAAUAUAUCCGAAGAGUCUGAGUACUUCGAAUGUUUACUCGAUGACAAUAUCCCCUGGCAAGACGGGUGGGCGGGCACGAGUAAUCCUGGAAUUUUUGAACGAGAAAUUUCAAACGAGGACAGCAUGUCAAAUAUCCAGGGUUUGGCACUACCCAAUCUUGCAAAUAUCGAUAAAUGCAAUACCACGAUAAAAGCAGAAUCUUUCAUGUCGGAUAUUGAACAUUAUUAUGAACCUAGUAAGAAGAUGUGCCAGAAGGAAAUCUCUUUGAUUAACGGAACAGCGUCCGAUGACAGAUCCACGAGUUUUACUAUCAACAGCGUCAGCAGCGACGACGAGAAGACAAAUACGCGCCAGAAAGCGCAAAUUUCUGCAAUACGGGGACCGGGGGAGGAGCGUGAAUCGGCGCGAGCGUGGAAUCUGUCGGAGGAGAAUGAAAAUGAAAACGAAAUUGUAACUGUUUGGUUGAAUAUCAAUCAAGAGGAGAAGUCGAAUAUAUGCGCAAAAGUACUUAUGAAAGAAAUUAACAAAACUUUGGAUGAGAUAACUAAACCAAAGAGACAAUUAUUUAAGCUGUAUCGCACUCAGAUAUCCGUGUGGAUACAUCUCGUACAAAGAAUAACGGAAUUUUGCAAUUCGCUGCCGAUAUGCGUCGAGAUUACUCAUUACUUGAUAGUAAAAUUAAAAUCGGUUCAGUCUUUGCUGACGAAAAGGAAUUUUCAAAACUGUAAUUACAUUUGGCUACAACAAUUGCGGCUUGUAUUUUACGCAUUAAAUAUUAUUUUACAAAAAUAUCGUAAACUUGGGCGCACAUGUCUAGACUUGGAUGCAAGAAGUCGAUGCUGGGUAAAUGUUUUAGAUAAUAGCUCGGCAUUAUUUAUGGAUUUUGGGCUCGCGGAAUUCGCCCAGAAGUCGAUUUCGCUAAUUGAUGUGCUAAUUUUAUAAUCUAGCACGAUGAUAGUAUA